UCCUUACACUCGACAUUUACAACCAGAACCAUGGUCGUGACUCUAUUCAGGACAUUGACAAUGAUCUCCUAAUAACGGAACUGCUAGGGUCGAUUUGCUUUAUUUCUCAGAUGGCUGCAAAUCCAACCACGGUAGAUCAUCGUGCCAAGGUAGCUCAAUUGACUAGGCUGGUUCGGACUAGCCUGGGAAGGUUUGGGGUUCCGAAAUCGAAGACCAGCAGCCAGAGUUACACAGCACACAAGGAUUGUGAUACCCAAUUUGCUAACAGAGUUGCUGCAGGCUAUUUAGUUCCCGAUACUUCCAUUCAACGUCCAGCUCGCAUGGCACCGCUGUUGUUAUCCUUUUGCUCUAUAGAAUGAGCGACCAUCUGGCUGCGGGAGUCUCCACUCCGACGGGUAUCACAGCCGCUGACCUCAACGAAGGGGGACGUGCGCGAUCA